AUGAAGGACUAUGAGGAAAUCUUCUCGUUUUUAGGGGAAUGGGGUACUUUUCAAUGGCUGAUUUUCAUUGUCUUGAGUCUAAAUGUCAUUCCCAGUGGAUAUUUGCCCUUAUCGAUGGUCUUCCUGGGAGACAUUCCUCCUCAUCACUGCAGGGUCCCAUACCUGAACAGCAGCUAUGGAGGACUGGGCUACAAUCUGUCCAUCCCGACUGAGGAGCUGAAUGGAGAAAUCAUCCUGAGUCACUGCAGACGAUACACUGAAGAGAGAGACUCUUACUCUGCCUACAGCAAUGACACAGAGGGCUGUGUGGAUGGCUGGGUGUUCAGCAAGGAGAGAUAUGUGUCUACUAUUGUCACUGAGUGGAAUCUGGUGUGUGAUGAUGCAUGGAAGGCUCCCUUUCCAACAACAUUGUACUUUUUUGGAGUGCUGAUUGGAUCUUUUGGUUCAGGACUUUUGUCAGACAGGCAUGGCAGGAAGAUCAAUUUUAUCUCCACUAAGGCCCUGCAGACUCUUGCUGGCUUUCUUCUGGCAGUCUCUACCAGCUGGGAAAUGUUCUGUGUUGUUUUCUUUGUUUUAGGAUUGACGGCCACCAGUUACUCUAAUACCAUUGUACUUGGCUCUGAGAUACUUAUUAAAUCAGCGCGUGAGUCUUUUGGGAUUGUGGGGGUUGCCUUAUGCUUCUGCACUGGCUAUGCCAUCCUGCCAGUCUUCGCAUACUUCAUUAGGGAUUGGAGGAUACUACAGAUAGGAUUGUCUGUGGUGGGAUUGUUAUAUAUGCCCCUCUGUUGGUAUGUACCAGAGUCCCCCCGCUGGCUCAUCACCCAGGGCCGGUUACAGGAAGCAGAGGCCAUCAUUCGAGCUGCUGCCAAGAGGAACGGCAUCACUCCCCCAGAGAAAAUCUUCCAGCUGGAGCACAGUGAAGACACUGAGGAAACUGAAAAUGAAUCCAGUGGUUUGGAGAAGUACACUUGGCUGGACCUCGUAAAAACUACAAAUAUGAGGAAUAUCACGGUUAUAAACAUUAUUGCUUGGAUAGCCACAUCCAUGACGUACUUCGGUCUGUCUUUUAACAUCUCCAAUCUGGAUGGGGAUCCGUAUCUCAACAACUUCAUUUCUGCUGCUGCAGAAUUUCUUAGUGUUCCUUUUGUGUGGUUUGUCACACAUUAUGCUCCUCGUCGGUUUGUUCUACCAUGCACUCUGCUUCUUGCAGGCACCUUGCAGCUGUCCAUCCAGCUUGUACCUAAGGAGCUCAGUGGGUUGAUCGUGACCUUGGUAUCGACAGGAAGACUGGCUUUGACCGGGGCAUAUGGGUUAAUUUUUGUCUAUUCUUCUGAACUCUUCCCCACCGUCAUACGCAACAUGGGACUGGGUGUGGGCACCACAGCUGCCGGAAUUGGAAGUAUCAUCUCACCAUACAUAGCCUAUAUCGGUACAUAUAACAGGAUACUACCUUUUAUUCUGAUGGGUAUACUCGCUGCACUCUCUGGUGGUCUGAGUCUGUUGUUACCAGAGACAAAGGGGGAAAAACUCCCAGAACUCAUAAGUGAAGUCAAACCUCUCCAGGGGUAA